UUGGAUUGUGAGCAUCUUGAGGGUUAACAUUGUUUAAAAAUUUACGCGUACUUAUAAGAAUUACAAAAAAAAAAAGAUUUUAGGAAAUUAAUUAAUGUAAUAAACAUUGAUUAAUUUUAAUUGUUUAGUUUUAUAAGUGAUAAUUGACACUGAAGUUUAUGAACUCAUUAUUAUAAUUUGUGAAGUGUGGACUAUUAGCAAUGUCAGAUACUGGUAGGCGAGGUACUGUCUACACCAUAGACAGUAUACUUGGACACACAGACAGACAAACAGAUCGGGAACUGAAAAGCGAGAGCGGUGGACAUUCGGACUCCGAGCAUGAGCACGAGCACGCUGAGCACGCUGAGCACGGCGAGCACUCCGAGCACGCUGACUUGCACCACGAGCAUGCCGAUCACGAGCAUUUGGAGAUGGAGGGAAGACCGCGCAAGCAGGUGCGUCGCAGCCGUACCACGUUCACGACAUACCAGCUCCACGAGUUGGAGCGGGCCUUCGACAAGACACAGUACCCCGACGUGUUCACCAGGGAGGAGCUGGCCAUGAGGCUGGAUCUCAGCGAGGCAAGAGUGCAGGUCUGGUUCCAAAAUCGGCGAGCGAAAUGGCGCAAACGCGAGAAGGCUUUGGGGCGAGAUCAUGCGCCUUUCAUGCACCACGACCAUGUAGUCGGUGAAUGGGGAGCCGGUGGCCCGCCUGGUGGAGAAUGGUGGGCUUUAGGCCUUGGAGCUGGUCUGGGUGCGUUGGGAGUGCCAACGCCGCUGUGGCACGAUGCUGAGCCGGCCGCUGCUUUCAGAGCACUACUGCAUAGGUACGUACUCGCAUUGCCACCUCCAGCCCUCCGCCCCCCGGAGCCCGAGCCCCCCGCUCCUGCUUCUCCCCCCUCCCCUCCCUCCCCCUCCUCGUCCCUCGCCCGCCUCGCCAGCGCAGAAGCACUGCGACUACGCGCCCAUGAUGCUCUGUUACAAGACCGAGUCUCUCUCCAGCAUAAUAAUAAAGUACACACGUAAUUUUAUUAAGGAAUAUUUUUAGUGAUGGUACCAUGCCUUGUGGAGGCAGUAAUGGAUAGAUUUCCAUAAAAAAAAAUACAUUUUAGUCAAGAAGAAAAUGCCUAGGACAAAUAGUCGCAUUAUAAAGGUUCAACUGUGGGGAGGUAAUGCGUGGGCUUAGGGCUUCGACUGAUGCCGUGGCGAAAAGUUAGAUGCAAGCUGUAAAUGGCUGGAAAUCAUUUGGGUCGACCUACGUUCCGCUGUGGACUUCCUUUGGCUGAUUUGUGAUGAUGAUUUGGAAAAUAUCAACGCGACGUUUUGUUUAUUUUGCACCUAUGACACCAGUGUAUCAUUAUAAAAAAAAUAUUUUGAUUAGGACUAAUUUGGUUCCGUUUGAUUUUAUAGUUUUAUAAAGAAUAAAUAUCAGUGUCAUUCUAAAACAUAAAAAAUCCAAAUUAGCAGUUGUAUUUUAUAUCAAAAAAAUUGAUAGAAAAUGUUGAAACUGUUUUUUCCCCAAUUUAUGAAGUUUCAAUACAUUUAAUAGGUACUAUAAAUACUUUAUAUGCUUUUGGUCAAGUGGCAUGACAAUAUUGGCCAUAUUUGAUAAUGUGAAGGUGUGCGUAAAAUAAUGUAAGUCGUGUGCCUUAACGUGUGUAUGUAAAUUUGUCAAAAAUUCAUUUUCAUGUAACAUUCCAUAAGAUCUCAUUAUAUUGUAAAUAUUUAUACAGGAUGGCAUUAUUUCAUCACAAGAAUGAAUGAGAGAGAGAUAUAUUAUAAGUGAGAAAAAAGAUAGUAGAAGAACAAAAGACGAAUAGAGGGCAGGCUAUAUCGCCAACGAGCGAAAUUAUGAGCGAAAAUAAAGCGAUGGCAUUGUUCGCUCGCUCGUUCUCAGCUUGCUCAGCUCACUGGUGAUGAACGAAUAAUUGAGACGUGCGCCAUUUUAGUGUAAAUACGUAUUAGCCA